GGUUCAGUGAAAUAUACAAGACAUACGGACAGAGCGUCUUCGACCGACAGUUGUCUUUAUCGGGUUUCUGGAAAUAUUGUUCUACUGUUUUACGUAAGUCGUGGAGGUGAUUAAAACACUGAGUUUGAGGGUUAAAAGUACUAUAUGUAUAUAAGUAUAUAUACUUUGAGUUGAGAGUAAGUGUGCAGAGUACUGCAUUUUGCUGAUAGCACUGGUAAGACUGGACGCCCGAGAGGUGAAGCACGCAGCUGCAAGUCACAGCAGGCGGACGGGGGAUGCCUAUCAGGACGGCAAUGGACGGCCCCCGAUAUGUUGGCCCAGAAAAAACUGUCCCGGCGAAUACUAAUGCUUGCCCGGAUAGCCAACGCAAGAUGUACCAUACGAAGAUGGUUGGGAAUUACUUUAUUGGAAGAAAACUCGGAGAAGGCUCCUUUGCCAAAGUAAGGGAGGGUCUACACGCUGUCACAGGAGAAAAGGUGGCUAUAAAGGUAAUUGACAAAGCGAGGGCAAAGAAGGACUCAUACCUGUUGAAGAACUUGCACCGGGAGGGCCUCAUCCAGCAGAUGAUCCUUCACCCCAACAUCGUCCAGCUGCUGGACAUCCUGGAGACGGAGGCCAGCUGCUACCUGGUGAUGGAGCUGUGCAUGGGAGGGAACCUCCUGGAGAGACUCUUAGAGAGAGAACGCCUGGACGAAGCAGAGGUUCAGCGGUACAUUCGGCAGCUGGUCAUGGCUGUGGAGCACCUACACAGCUCAGGGGUGGUUCACAGGGACCUCAAGGUGGAGAACCUGCUUUUGGAUGAAAACAACAACAUUAAAGUCAUAGAUUUCGGUUUGAGCUCCUGCGCCAGAAGGCGGGGUACCGGUGAUCUGCUGAGCACACAGUGCGGUAGCCCCGCCUACUGCGCCCCCGAGCUCAUCUCCCAGAAGAAGUACGGACCCAAAGUGGACGUCUGGUCCAUAGGGGUUAUCAUGUACACUCUGCUCACCGGGGCCCUGCCUUUCACUAUGGAGCCGUUCAACCUCCGUCAGCUCUGCCAGAAGAUGGUGCAGAGACAGAUGAACCCGCUGCCACAGAAGCUGUCGCCAGGUGCCGCUGGCUUGCUUAGUAACCUUCUGGAACCUGACCCAGCCAGAAGGCCUAGCAUCCGUCAAGUAAUGGCUGAUCCGUGGCUUUUGCCGGCCAACCCGAGGGCCAGGUCCCUUUACCUGAACAGUAAAUGCUCUUCUGUCAGAGCGCCUUUGGAGAUUGACCACCAUGUGCUUGAGCACAUGACUGUGAAGAUGGGCUUCCAGCAUGAGGAGGUCCUGAGCGCUGUGCUGAAAAACAGGCCCUGCCACACGCUGGCCGUCUACUACCUGCUGGAACGGAAACGCAGGAGAGUACAGGGGCCACGCGAGGAGAAGAAGCUCACGGGAAAGGAGACGAAAAGGCAAAGUGGGGAAGAAAACUGCAGAAGUGGACAGAUGCCUUUGAGAAGGUGCUCAGCCAAUUGCGGGAACCAGAGAGCAGUUUUAUCGACUGCUCUGGAACACCUGAACAGCUAUCCUGUGCGUCUCGACCCACCUCGGCCAAUCAGGCGGCAGGAAACGUAUCCCCCGACCAAUGGGAUUUCACUUCAGGGCCGACCCCAACAGCAGCCCAUCCCUGCCAACGCCAAGACUCACUUCAGGACCCUGGGCAUCAAGGCCGCAUGGUGCAGGUUCAUGCACAGCAGUCCACCACCCUGCCCGGUGCCCCCGGUCUUCCAGACCUACAGCCCGGGCUUGAAGACGGUGCCAGACUUCAUUCCACCUAGUUGCCCCGUGGCUCAAAAACCAUCGCAGAACUUGCCCCCGGCUAAGGCGCGCAGGUCAGAGCCAGAGGGUCCCAGAUGGCGGGCCCGGCUGCCGUCCAUCAGCCUGGGGCAGGCGCUGCGGCGGAGCAUGUCGUUCCGACACGCCACUCCACCCGCGGAGGACACAUUCUGCCGGAGGCGCAUGACGCUGAGCCCUUCACAUACGCUGCGCUGAGGCAUGCUGGGAAAAGUGCCAUGUAAGCGGCCCGCCAAAGAUCCGGGGGCCGCUUACCAACCGGAGCGCCGUUUAAAACAGCUCUGCCUCUUUCCUUCACCUCUGCCUCUGAUUUCCGAGGCCCUUUAAUUCUGCGCCAGGGAACACAGCAGCACCCGCAGCUCGUCUCAAACCCGACAGCGGUAGGCGGCUUAGCGGGUUGGGAGGCUUCCUGCUGUGCGUCUGACUGUUAACGCCGGUCCCAAGUAACGCGGAAGCGUUGAAAGACUUUCCGUCUUUAUCAUCUACAGUGACAAGUCAAAAAUGUAAACUUUUGAAACCAAAAAAAAAAAAGUGCACAGACUGUGAUAUUGUGAUAAUUCUCUGUGAAAUGAGGUAAACGGUGACCAGGCUGCAGUAUUUAUGUAUUGUAUUUUAGUAGUUAUGAUGUGCAGAAAUCUGAAAUCGGUGCCAUUAGUGAAAACCUUGCAACUUUUGCCCAAAAAUGCAGUGAAACAGCAGAAACCCAGACGUUCCACAGGGCUACACUGCGAUGUACCUUAAACUAUGCAUAAAACAGUCUGCAUGACCCACCCCCAACUGCCGUUUGCUAUCAGAUGAGUCUCCGACUCCAGCUCCUAGAAGAUGGAAAGACCAGUUUAACUGCACCAUUAUCUGAAUGAGUCUCCCACUGUGAUACAAAAAUGCUAAUUGCUGUUUAUAAGCAGGAUUCAUGUUCAAUAAAAAUGUUUGAUUGCGAAAA